GCGUCUCUGCUCCUGCGGCUUGCAACCUAAUAUAAAACGAAACGAAACCCCAUAGCCACCUGAAGAGAGAAAUCGGGUAAGAUCCAGAAACUAAGUGGCCUUUUCCAUCUUCUUCAUAAUUUCCUAUCGGCAGAUUCUGAAAACUGAUCAUGGCGGGAGGGAAUUUCAUGCACAGAGUUAUAUCUUAUGUCGUCAAUGAACUUGUCGUUGAUAGACUUGCAAACAGUCCGGCAUUCCAAAGAUUUGCUGUGAGGACAUCAAAGAAGAUAGAGGAUAUCUCCAGCAUGGCUGCAAAGAAGAGGGAAGAGCUUGCUGAACAAAUGAAGGAAAUCUCGAAAAACAUGGAGUCAAAAAACUGAUGAUUCUGUACAUACGACAUCACAUUUUGUUCGGGCGACUGCCUUGUCGCGGUUUUGAUAAUCUCUGCCUAAUAAGUUUGCAUGUAGUAAAAUUUGUCGUUUUGAAUAUGCAAGAAUGCAUAUAUGGCAUCUAUAUUUAGUGAUAUUGACAAGCUGGUACUAGCAUUAUCUAUAUAUGGAACUCGUAGAGAAUUUAGAUCA